AUGGGUCAGGGACGCAAAAUGCUGAUGGAGGGGAAAGGGGAGGAGGAGAGGAGGGAUGAGGGGAGGGAGGCGAGGAGGUUGGAAGAGGUGGGGGUGAAUGGGAGGGAGUGGAUACGGAAACACAUGCGGGGGUGGGUGGGAGGCGGGCUGCAGGCGGGCAUGGAGGGGGAGGACGUGGUGGUGUAUGAGGAGCAACCGGGGGAGGUAGUGGAAACACAGGUGGCGGGGGGAGGCAGGGUGCACAUGGGCAUGGAGGGGGAGGACGUGGUGGUGUAUGAAGAGCAACCGGGGGAGGUGGUAACUGCCUUUACGCAUGCCCCGUUCCUCCACAACAUCACGCACUGCUCCCCCCCCAUCCACGGCCAGGUAUGUUACUCCCCCUCCUGUCCUCCCACCUCUAACGAGGUAAGCUCCCCUUUCCCGUCCAUGCCCCCUUCCUCUACAACAUCACGCAUGGCUCUCCCCCCAUUCACGGCCAGGUAUGUUACGCCCUAG